UAUUAAUGGAAAAGUGAAACAACAUACUUAUUCUGACCUGUACUUAUUAAAACAUAUAAAGGAAAGAGUGACCAUACUGUGAUUAAAUGAUUAAAAACGCCUUGACAAACGGGUUAAUCUAGUGCCAAGACUGGUAAAGACUUCAUGAAUUCAUUUUUGGAGGCUGCGCUGUAAAGCUUAAUGUCAUCUAAUGAUUCUUGCACUAAAAAAAUGGUCUAUAAACUAUUGUUACGCUGAAUGACAUUUUAGUGGGUGUCUUCUGUAAAUCAUGGUAAACUGUAUGAUAGCCAUUGUUUUUUGCUCAGAAAUAGUACGAUUAAACAAGACAGAUGCUAAUGUAGGACGUCUUUGACAUACUGUGUUGAUUUUCUAUCCGUUGAAUUGUAAAUAUAUGAAACACUGACAAAAUAUAUGUCGGACCAAUAAUACUAAAAUGUCUUUGUAUCUUCAGACGAACAGCAUCCUAGAGAUUGUGGAGACCUCACACUGGACCAACAUUAACCCAAACCCAGCUCAAGUUCACGGCCCAGUUGCAUAAAGACCCUUAAGUGUAAUUUUCCCUUAAGUUCCUACAGCACACUACUGGAAGACACAAUGAAAAGUUGCUGGAGACUGUCUGUGAGACUGAUGCUGCCCAAAUCUGCAGCUCGCACCCCCUGCCUACUAGAUGCGGAAAGCUGUCUUGAAUAUAAUUCGGAGCAGUUCCGUCAGACCAGUCGAGAGGGGUGCGUCCACAGCUUUUUAUCAGGAUUUCCAUCUGUUGCUGAUCUUGCAUCUUCCAUGCUAGGCAGUGAAGAGCCACAGACACCUGCAGACACGCAUCAGUGCACAUUCUGCUACAGAAUAAACAGUCAACCGUUUGCGGCUCCGCUGGAUGCACAGGCAGCCUGCCCAGUGUGCAAGAUGACCAAAUCAUACUGA